AUUACUACAUAACCUGUCACCAGUCAUACUUAUGAAACAGAACAUUGGACUGUGCUCAGUUAGGCGUUUACAACAUUUAACCCCGAACAGAAGGAUUCAACUCAUCUGCAACAUGUCGUUUUACAGGAACGCCGUUUGGUUCAUGAAAGGACUUCAGGAGUACACAAAGUAAGUGUCUGCAAUACUGUCAGUUUACCGUACACUGAGUCGUACCUCGUUUAAACCUCUUUAUGAAGUAUAUCCUUGAGAAAUACUUAGAUAGAUAAAUAGAUAGAUAUACUUUAUUGAUCCCAAACUGGGAAAUUCUCUGAAAAAAUUCUCCUGUAAGCUGUUACUUGUUAACAUGCUGGAGUUUGGCUGUCUGAGACCCUGUGACAAGCUGAUAGAAGCUGACAAAAUAUAUAGAGAUUAACAGGAGCCUUUACUUUUCCCUAGAGCACAUUUAAGGGUUUGAUAUUUUGAGUUUUGUCAGACCAAAAACAAGAUUGAAACAGAAAACCAGUGACAUUUACAAUGAAAGAGACUGAGGGCUGUUAAUGUUUAAACCCAGCUGAAUGAGAGAGGCUGUGUCAAAUAAAACAAGACUGAUUUAAUGAAAGACUGUAGCAGCACUGAUGUAUCAUACUAAAUGUGCCCAUUGAAAUCCUAUCUCUUAAAAACUGUUCUACAUAAAAGAAAUGUAGAACAGUUUUCCUCAAAUUUCCUCUUGUAGAACUUGUGUCAUUUUCUAAUCACAUGGUCUCAUUAUACACAAGUCAGCCUCCACUGACAUGGUACCUUAUAAGAGGCAAUCAACUGUUAUGCAUGAUAUUUCAGCAAAAUUGAAGUGGAAGAACAAAUAUGCAGGAGACAAUUUGAGAUUAAAUCAAUUAAAAAUAAAUAGAAUACGUAAUGAAUCAAUCAGAGACUGAUAGUUUUAAAAGAUAGAAGAUAUAUGGCAGAGUAGUAAUUUCAUCCUCCCACAGGCAGUUCAGAGAAGGGUAUGAAUCAGAAUUAUUUAUUAAUGGCCACACAACAUGGUUGGUGGAAUUUGUUUUCCGGUACAGCACAUCAGGCUCACAUCUCCUGUGUCGGAUACAUAAAUGCAUGCAGAAAUAAAAAAAUACAACAAUACAAGAUAAUAGAUGUGGAUACAAUUUGAACCAGCAGGGGUGGAACACCUGUAGUAAUAAAAUACAACAACUUUGUGUCCAACAACAGAGGAAAAACAUGAGGAAAAUAAUGUUGACAAUCUAAAAACUACAAGGUUUUAUCCCAACUGUAACGUAAAUGUAACAAUUAAUUCACGGUCAUGAGUGUUUUACAGAAAGCAUUGCUAUUUAGAUGCAGUCCAUGACUGAACAAACUGAAACACUAAAACAUGAACAUACACCUGAAAUACUGAAACUCUUGACAUUCAUUCAUUAUAUCAAAAAGGGGCUUUUUUAAACAUGAAUCUACUCAGUGCUAUAAACUCAGACAUCUGUAACUUCAUCAAGUAUUAUAAAAUAAACAAUUACAGUUCCUAUUUGUGUGUGUGAAAUUUAAUCUACUGCUUUUGACACUAACAGGAGUGGAUAUGAAGCUGCAGCGAAGCACUUUGCUCCAGGAGACCUGGAUGUAAAUCUGAAUGGCCGGUCCUUCAUGAUCACAGGAGCAAACAGCGGAAUAGGAAAAGCUACAGCACAGGAAAUAGCCAACAGAGGUGAGCUAUUAAAUGGUAACAAAGAAGGCAGACUCUGUUUAUUGAGGGUACAAACAGAGACUGCAGAAGUAGAGUGGUUCUUCCACUUUUUGUAAAGGCUAUGAGGUGUAGCACCUGAAUUUGAUUCAGUAAGCCCUCCUGGUCUCCGUCUUAAUCCUUUGUGUUGUACAAGAGCCAGGGCAAAACUUGUGAUGACAACUUCCUUUGUUAUUUGUAUGAAAAUCUCUCUUCACUGACUGACUCUUUGACAGUGCUGCUUGUGUCUGUUUCUUUGUUUGUUUGUUUAAUUUUAAUCCAGUUUCCUUGGCCAUGUCAAGCAUCAGCACAGUGAAUUACAGAAAAACUAUAUAUUCAUAAAGCUGGUGAACAUUUAUAUUAUCUACAACCUGAUUCUUUUACUUCUAAGUCAUUUAAAAAUUAUGACAGAGGAAUAUUUUUUCUCUUUAUCUAAAUUUCUUCUCAUUUCCAAAUAAACACUGAUGUUCAUAUUUAAUGUUUGGUUUUAAGCUUUCAUCUGGGUGUGGUUUGUAUAAAGUCAUUUCCAGGUUUUUAACAAACACUCCUGCUUUUGUUUUCUUCAUGUGCGAUGUGUCAAUAAAUCCCACCUGUGCUGUAUUUUUUGUCUUUUUUUUUUCUAGGAGGGACUGUUCACAUGGUGUGCCGAAACAAAGGGCGAGCAGAUGCAGCCAAAGAGGAAAUAGUGGAAAAGAGUAAAAACCAGGUGAGAACUGUUUUGCUUUUUGAGCUGUGCUACAAGAGGGAUGCUUGACCUUUUCGGAUGAGGAAAAAUCCCCCACCCUGUACCAAACUAACUAAACACUCCAUUGUCUUGGGUUUGCUGUGUAAAAAUGCCGACUGAACAAGGAAUUUUAAAUCAAACAUAAAUCUAUUACCAAAAGAGGAAUAAAUAAAGUUUUGUCCAAAAGUUUACUUUGGGGCUUUUUAUGCUGAUAAUUUAGAGAAAGGAUAGGAGAAGACAGUGGAGAAUGGCAUUCAGCAAAGGGCUGUGGGCUGGACUCAAGCUGGGCAGGCGCUUUCCUGACAUACACUCUCUGUACUGUAUGUGGGGGGCUUGAUUGGACCACAGAGCUAAACCAGCACCCUAAACCUCUCCCCAUUACACUCUUUAUUUGUCACGUCCAAAAAGUUGGGAAUAUUUUCAUGUUUGUGUCUUUUUUUCCAGAAUGUUCACGUCCAUAUCGUCGACAUGUCCAGUGCAAAACAAGUGUGGGAGUUUGCCCAGAAUUUCUCACAAAACAGCGCUCUACAUGUCCUGGUAGGUGGGAUGCAGAUAUUUUUCGAGUUCAUUAAGCUGUUCUGCACAAAUUUGUUGAUGUAUUUACUUAUGUUCACUAGGUAAACAAUGCAGGCUGUAUGGUGAACCAGAGAGAGUUGACUGAGGAAGGUUUGGAGAAGAACUUCGCCACGAAUACACUCGGUAACGAUUUGCAUCGGUAGUCAGGUUAAAUAUGAAUCUUUAAAGCCACUGUUAGGGUAAUAACAGGGCCAGUGCAUAACUCUAGGUCUGAAACUAGUUAUGUCUGAACUAUCUUCUGUACUUCCCUGUAUUUUCAGGUACAUACAUCCUGACUGCAGCUUUGAUUCCUGCUUUACAAAAGGUUGAAGAUGCAAGAGUGGUGGGUUGAAUUUCAGACAAAAUGACACACAAAUCAUGAAUAGAGCAAAUGUAACACCUAUACGUGUAAAAGCUGUGUUUUAUUAUAACUCCAGUGUCAUAUUGUCUGUUUUCUCUCUUCAGGUGACGGUGUCCUCAGGCGGCAUGCUCACACAGAAGCUGAACGUGGACGAUCUGCAGUUUGAGAAAGGGACAUUUGAUGGCACUAUGGCCUACGCUCAGAACAAGGUAACCACACUGACUCACAAAAGAUGAACAGAAGACACUGUGGACUGUAGUAUUCAUGUUUUUUUGUUGUCUAAUUUUCCCCGGACAGAGACAGCAGGUAAUUCUGACAGAGAGGUGGGGCGCUCAGCACAAAGAUAUCCACUUCUCCUCUAUGCAUCCAGGCUGGGCAGAUACACCAGGUAAACACGGUUUUUCACUCAGGAUUAGAAAAUGGCAAAUAAAGUUCAAGAUAGCAAGAAACUAGAUUUGGUUGCCGUGGUUGAUAUCACCUACAUAAGUAGCACUCAGACACAUUCCUGUGACUGACACUGUUUGUUCUGCUCUCUGCAGCCGUCCAGCAGUCAAUGCCUUCUUUUCACGCCAAGAUGCAGUCCAAACUGAGGACGGAGGCCAUGGGGGCGGACACAGUGGUGUGGCUUGCCGUGUCUCCAUCUGCCAUCAAGCAGCCCAGUGGACUUUUCUUCCAAGGUCAGGGUGACAUGUUUGUCUUUGUAGUAGUGUAUUUAUAUUUGUGCUGUCUUAUCUGCUUUUUUUAAAAUUUUGUUUAAAAAACGAGUAUUUUUUCUUAAAGUUGUUUACAGCAACAUAAACUGAAAUACAUGAUCGUCACUGAUGUUUUUGUGUUAUUUUUCUUUCAGAUCGUAAAGCCGUGGCGACUCACCUCCCCCUGGCGUCUUCCAGGUCAUCACCGGAGGAGGAGCAGAGACUUGUCACAGCGCUGGAGGAGCUCACCCUCAAGUUCAAACCUUAAUAACUUAGUGAUUUUAUUAACAAAAACCAAACACCACCAAAUCAUUACCAAUGUUUACAUGUUAAAUAAAUGCUAGUAACAAGAAGCAUAUGUAAAGCUUCAUGUGAAAGGCAAGCUUCAUGUAGUAAAAGACUGUCAAACUGUGGUUAGUUUUUUUAUUUUUUAUGAAGGAAUCGUGUUUUUUUUUUUAAUUUGGUCCCUUAGAUUGACUUAAAAAACACUAAAUUUGCUUCACUAAUUAACAUAUUAAUCUAAGUACUGAAUACUGUAUCCUUUGAGCAUAUGUGGAGGUAUUUUAUGAAGAAGGAAUCUUGUAUGUUUUUUAUUUUAUUUUAAAUUUUAUUAUUUUGUCCCUCAGAUUGACUUAUAAAAAACACUCAAAUUUGUUUCGCUUAUUAGUCUAAGUACUGAAUACUGUAUCCUUUGAGCAUAUGUGGAGGUAUUUGAAAAUCAAUGGUGCUUUUAUGUUAUCCCGCAUUAUGAUUGUAACAAAAAUACACGUUUUUCUAUCUACAUAUGUCUGUGAAAUGUUUUAAUUUUGUCCGUGUUUUGGGAGAGGUGGAGGCUUAUACAUUUUAAAAUUAAAGAUAUUUAUACAUUUUUC